CACUCCACUACUCACACAAGCCUCAGCCUCUCUCUCUUCUCUUGUUUUUCAUCCAUGAGUGAGUUACCAGCCAAUAGCAAGGAGAAGAAUUCUCCUCAAGAGCAGCAGCAACGCUCAAAUUCAAACCACACGCCUAGGCCUAACCUUAAUGUGCUCCUUCCACAACCCCGAUUCCCCGUCAAUAGCAAUGAUGAUAGUGAUGGUGAAUAUGAAACUGAUGAAUAUUUUGGAGGUGAAGACUCUGAAGACAAAAAACAAGAAGAGCUGAAGAUCAUGCAGCUGGAAUUUUGGGUCUUUGUAUUUGGGGAACUAGACAAUAUGUUGACCAGGUUAACUCAUAACUUGUUAAACCCAUAAAAGAUAACAACUUGUGGAGCAUGAUGGGUGAUUUGGAAGAUGGACCCGAAGAGCACAUUGAUGUUCUGCUAUAAUAGUUCUAGCAAUAGAAUAAGGCAAAACAUGUUGUUUCUUUUCAAUCCUUUUGUUUGGGGUUAAUUAAUGUUUGCGUUUGGUUAAGUGUUUCAGAUAAUUUUGUCUUUGUUUUGCUUUCUUUCUGAGUCUAAAGUCUUUUGUAUGUCGGCUGUGAUUGGUUUUCAUCAUUUUGUCUUUGUUUUGCUUUGUUUCUGCGUCUUAAAGUCUUUUUUGUAAGAGACUAUUAUUUAUGAAUAAAAAGUCGUUCAUCAA